AUGAAAAAUAUUAAAGAUUUCGUUAACGAAGUAACAGAUAUAUCAAUGAUUCGAAAUUAUUGGAGUGUGAAUACUAUUGUAGAAAUAUAUAAUAAACAUAUCCAAGAAUUUGAAGCUGCGUGCAAAGAUUUGUAUUUUUCAACUAUUCUUUCAGAAGAAAAACGGGAACAGGCGAAUAAACAAAUUUUAGAAGAUGCUAACAUGUUAGGAAAUGUGAUGAAUGAGCUUAAUGAUGAUACCAAAAAUAUUGUGGAAAAGAUAUCAACCAAUUUAACUCUAAUUAAUGGGUUUGUCAUUGAAUAUUCUGAACUUAAGGAUCCAGAUCGUGGAUUUGUUAAUAUAAGAGGUUCAAAUAAUACAGCUUCAUAUGGAAAUCUAAAAGAAUUUUAUACGAAGUUUGACAUUUUAUGGACUACAAAAUUACAGAUAUAUUUAGUGGCCUUUAUUUUAUGCAUAGCUCCAGAAUAUUUCAUCACGACGUCUGUUAUUACUGAAGCAAAAAUUUCAAAUUUUGAAAGGGCACACAUAAUGUAUAGGGACAAACCUAUGCCAAGUUUAUAUAGAGAUGAAUGUAUUCCCUGGUUAGAGCCUGAAGUAAUUCAUGAAAAACUAUAUUACCGCCAAAUUGAAAUAUUUAGGUAA